AUGGCAAAAUAUGGUCAAGUGCCAACAGAUGUACAAAUGCAAACUGCCAUGUCAAAUGACGCUGCGUUAGGUUUGCCACCAUGGUAUGCAAAUAUGAGAUGGAAAGAGUUUUAUACAAACCCUGAAGUGGGAUAUAAACAACUUUAUGCAGAUGACGCGAACACAGGAGUUGACCCAGAAUAUGUUUUCUACCAGAGGAGAAACAGAAUGUAUGAGCUCCAGUUAAAGAAUGCUAUGGAACUCAACAGGAAACGUAAGAGACUAGGCGGACAUUAG